AUGGUCCGCGUUACCGAAGUCUCCGACGACGCCUGGUCGUCCGCCUCGUCCGACGCCGGCUCCGACCUCGACUCUGUCAUCUCCGACUCUGACCUCCAGCUCGACACGUACGACCCGUCGCAAGAGACGAUCGCUGAGCGCAUCGCUGCGCUGAAGGACAUCGUCUCGCCCUCGACUCGCGCGGCCAUCUCGGACGCGGCGAGCUCGACCAAGGGCUGGCUCAGCUGGACGGUCGCAAAGGCGGGAAACGCGGCGUGGAUCGUCACUACCAGCGCGCUGCUCGUCGGCUUGCCUCUGCUGUUGAGCAUCGAGGGAGAGGCAGCCAUCGUUCAGCAGGAGAAGGAGUUUGCCGCGCAGCCCGGAGCGAACCCGUACGGCGCCCCUCCCGCAGGCUCCUUCCCGGGCCAGCCCGCCCCUCAAGCAGGCGCAGCACCGCAAGGCAUCGUCCCCGCCGGGUUCUAA